GACUCGUGGUGGAUUGGUGUGCUGUAAGCCUGUAACCGGUACAUGGUUACCUUACUGAGGCUUACUCGUUUUCUGCACUCUGAUUUUUCUGGGACAAGGCCCGAACAAAUUGGACUCUCUUCUUUUUCUUUUCUUUUGUUCACACGCAGACGCAGUGGUUGAAUCCAAGAAACAUGUAAGAAAUUCUCAUUGUUUCUGUCCAAAGACCCUUUUCCCCCACGGUUUCUAUUUCUAUCUUCUUCACCUUCAUUAUAUAUAAAGCAGAGAGAGUUCUCUGGCUCUCCCGCAUUCCAACUCCAUCCUACAAAUUUGAGAUCUACCUGUGUUUGUUUCUCUGUCUUACGACUCAUUGGCUGUGAAACAUGAAGAAUCUAGGCAAACCCAUCUCCACAUUUGGCCUUCUUUGUCUGUUACUUGUCAUCCUGAAUGCAAGAUCAGCUGCCUCUCAGGAAGUUGAGGAUGAGAGAGAGUUUGAUUACUUGGAAGGCAGCGGGAAGGGGCCCGAUCAUUGGGGAGAGCUUCAUGAAGAAUGGGCGGCCUGUAAGAAUGGAGAUAUGCAGUCUCCAAUCGAUUUGUUGAACAAACGAGUGCAGGUGAUUCCAGCUUUAGGGAGAAUGAAGAGAAGCUACAAACCUUCUAUUGCAACUCUCAAGAAUAGGGGCCAUGACAUUGCGCUUCAAUGGGUAGGUGGUGGUGGAUCUAUUAACAUCAAUGGCACUGACUAUGUGCUCCAGCAAAGCCACUGGCACUCACCAUCUGAGCACACUAUUAAUGGCAGGAGGUUUGACCUAGAGCUGCACAUGGUUCAUGUAACCUCGGACACUAAAGCGGUCAACAAAAUAGCUGUGAUUGGAAUUCUUUACAAGAUCGGCCGGCCUGAUGAUUUCCUCUCUGAGUUGAUGAAGGGUAUAUGGUCUAUUGCUGAUAGCAAAGGAGAGGUGAAUGUGGGAGUGGUAGACCCAAGACACAUAAAGAUAGGCAGCAGGAAGUAUUACAGAUACAUGGGUUCCCUCACUGUUCCUCCAUGCACUCAAGGCGUUAUUUGGACUAUCAACAAAAAGGUGAGGACUGUUACCAGAGGACAAGUGAAGGCUCUGAGGGUGGCAGUUCACGAUUAUGCUGAAGAGAACUCAAGACCCCUGCAACUUCUCAACAAUCGCAACAUCCAACUCUAUCGGCCCCAGUCUUUGACACGAGACUUGGUUAACUGAUAGAUACUUGUUGAUAUUUUGGAAACGAUUGAGUUAAUUUUUGUUUAAUUACUUAUCAAUUUAAUUAUAUGUAUCGCAUUCUUUGACAUGAGAUGAGAUUAAUUAGCCAUUGCCAUUUGAUUUUUCAA